CCCGCUUCUUUAUGACGACGAUUUCCAAACAUCGCCCUCCGUUCUUCAAAGAUGGCGUCCCCUGUACUCUCCCAAAAAACAUAUAGACUAAGUCAAAUCUCAGGUAAUAUGACCUCCAAUGAUAUUCGCGAGAUUUUUCCCACCGAAAUCAGACAAACAAUCCAGUAUCUUUCUCUUGCGAAUGCUCUUGAUUUUGCAAUACCAGACAAGCAAGUUUGCACUAUAACGUUCCAGACCCAACCUGCGAUAUUAGCAUCGCUACCCUAUAAAACUGGCUCACUGUUGUCUGAUCUUAUUCCAAGCAUCGACGUAAAAUAUAGUCAGAUAUGGAUCGAUGCCCAUUUCCAUGGAUUCACUGUUCUAAACAAUACCGACAAUAAUAAUAAAACAGUUGAUAUUAUUGCUUUGACAGGCCUUGGCGGCAAAGCGUUCGCAUCAUGGCAAUGCUACGAUGGUUCCAUGUGGCUCAGAGACCAUGUACCUCUCGAUAUCCCAAAUUGUCGCAUGUCACUAUACGGUUAUUACUCAGAUGUUGGAAACAGCCAGUCAAUCACUACCUUAUCAGAGCUCACACGGUGUUUUCUGCUAGAUUUGAUUGAGUAUCGAAGGUUAAACUUGCAUGAUCAUCAAAACAUGACAAGUUCUUUGCUGCUCAUGGGCCACUCAACUGGUGGUCUAAUUAUCAAAGACACGUGGUGUCAAGUUGCCGAAGAAAUAUCUAAGCCCCUUACAGAUCUUUACCACAGUAUUUCCGGGCUAAUAUUCUUCGGAACACCUCAUAAUGGCAUGUCAGUGGCAAAUAUCCUACCUGGGAUCACGGGACAAGCUUCUGAGAAUCUCAUACGAGAUAUUGAACCAGGCUCAUCCUACAUCAAGGCAUUAAAAGCAAGGUUUGCAAGCGCUACAGUUGACUUGAAUAUUCUUUCUUGCUAUGAACUACGCCCCACUCCCCAGUCUGUAUGCCAGCCAGACGGCUCAUUGGUACGAACUGGUUCUAGUGCUAUGAAUGUGACAGAGAGCUCUGGAUGCUUAUACUGGGCGAAUGAAGUUCGUUUACCAAUCGAUGAAAACCAUUCCAUGAUUGCGAAACUGGCGAAACGAGAUGGUAAUGCGUAUCGUACUGUUGUUAGCAGUAUAGCUAAUCUCGUCGCGGCUUCUCUGGCUAACCAUUCACAACACCCCAAAAAUGAACAGAUUGGUCAGCGUUGCCAGACUCUUAAGCCCCAGAAUUUCGCUAGAAACUUUCCAUUAACAAUUCCAAGAGAAGUUUUGGGUUGGGAGAUACCCGCUGCAAAUAAACUAUCAGAUGCUAGUGAGAAUUCUCGCCCAGGCAGAGAGUACAGCAGAAACAACUAUCCAGAACAAUAUUCAAUAUUGGAUUCCGAAAUGCAUACUGGCAUUUUUCGAGCGCCUAUUCCUCUUCAAGUAAGAGUAUUUAUCCUUGGGUGUUGGGAUAUAUUUCAUUCAGGACAUGUGAAAAUUUUACAGUUCCUGAAGUAUUUUAUCCCAAAUACGUAUUUGAUUGUUGGGGUAGUGGGCGAUAAUGAAAUGCGGGAUUUCGGGGAUUUCCCAGCUCUCCAUGCUACUGAUAGAGCGGCAGUCGUACGCUCAUGCAGGUAUGUAGAUGAGGUUAUAGAGGACUGUCCUCUGAUUCUCACUCAGCAAUUUGGAGAUCAACAUCAAAUUGAAUAUGUUGCAUAUGAUAGAGAAUUACUCUCUAUGGCGCAGAUGGAUCUAUCAACACAAAUGAAGUUUGAUGCCAAGAUGAUUACGAUCCCCGAAUCCCAAGCCCUCCAUUCCGCGAAUAUUAUAAGAAGAAUAAGGACGCACUACACUUCUAUCACAAAAGCAUAAUUACGACCAUCUCAGAAUAGCGUUGAUAUUUGGUAUAUAUUUGGCUCAGUGGGGGGUUGCUAUUGUUUUCGGGUGGUCUGGUCCUAAGAUCUUGGUGCGUUUUGCAAAAACAACUUCAUACAUGCUCUUAGCUUCAACAAACUUCUUAUCAGAGUAUAGUGUGUUCGCUAAGCUAAACAUUGAAUCGAGAGUCUCCGGGUGUUCUUGUCCGAGAACGUCUUGUUGGUAAUGCACAGCACGUUGCAAAACCUCCAGAGCACGGGAGUUGUCUCCUUUGGCGUGUAGUAUAUCGCCCAAGUUAUUCAUAGUGAGAAUAGUAUUAGGAUGCUUCACCCCUAAAAGCUCCGUUUGAAUUUCAAGAACUUCCCGACUUAUUUCCAAAGCCUCGUCGUAUUUCUCUUGAUGUAAGAGUGCAUCUGCAAGCCAUCGUCUUGUUAUGAGCGUAUGAGGGUGGCGAUGGCCUAGCACUCUGAUACGGAUAGCCAAAACUCGUCUAUGGGUUUCUUCAGCAUUCACAUAAUGGCCUAAAUCUCUCUCUGCAACUCCAAGGCAACUCAUUGUAGCUAGAGUUCCUGGGUACUCUUCUCCUUGGACUCUGAGCCGCGUCUGAAGCAAUGAUUUGUGCAUAGUUUCUGCUUCGGUAUAUUUCCCUUGUUUGCCCAAGGUUUGUGCGAUGUACCCUAUGGUUGUUAAAACAUUCGGGUGCUCACUAUGUAGUACCUCGGUCUGAAGAUCAAGGGCGCCACGGUGAACAAUUUCCGCUUCAUAGUAAUUACCACCAUCAUACAAAGCUUGUGCGAGAUAAUUCAUACUUCGGCCAACCUCAGGAUCCUUUGGACCUAGAACUUUCUUCCUUAGCUCCAAAAUUUCUCGAUGCUGGUUUUCUGCUUGUUUGUGCUUGCCCUGGUGAUUCAAUGCUUCUGCCAUACCAAACAUAUUUCGCAGGGUAUCUCGAUUCUCUAGACCAGAGGCUUCUCGCCGUAGCCCAAGCGCUUGUUCAUAAGCUUGGUACGCUUCAUUAUAAGCGCCAUUGCUAUAGAGGCAUUUUGCCAGUUUCUCUGAUAGAAUAACCACAUUUAUAUCACCUUGCUCUUCGACUACAGAUGAUACGAGGUAUUUCGCAUGAGGGAGAUAAGUACUCCAUACUUUCCUCUCCUCAUGUCCGCCAUCAGGCAGCAGCUCAACCAGUCUUUCAAGAACCCUUUUAGUCCAAAAAUGCAACUUCUGCUCACUCCGUAGCCAGUUCCUUGAUGCGAGGUGCACAAGUGGAUGUAUAUCAAAACUAGCCUCUUCAUCUCUCUUCUUGAUAAAUGAGUACGCCUUCAGUGCCCCGAUAGCUUCGAGGACUUGCUUCUUUGAAGCUAGCAAUGGGAAUAAACCUUCAGCAAUAUUGUGAUUGGAUAGGCAAGCCAUGAAUGAAAGCAGCUCUAUGGCUACUGGAUUUGAACGAGCAAGCUGGCUUAACGAAAUCAACCACGUUGUUGCAAUCGAAUUUUCCGCUUUUUUAUACCUCCCAUGCACUCCGAAGUCUUCACUGAGUACUUCCAUAACUUCUACUUCGCUUUCGUUAUAUAAC